CACUUGAUGGAUGGUCAAGCCUAACUAAUGAUUUAUUAUAUAAUUUUAUUGUUUCUACCUCAGAUAGAAAAGAAUAUUUAUAUUCUAUCUUGAAUUUUUCAGAUACAACGCAAACUGGUAAAUUUCUAGCUUCUAAAAUUUCUAAUAUCAUUGAUAAAAUUAGAUCUGAAAAAUUUAUUGCUUGUGUAAUUAAUAAUGAAA